AGUUUCACCGUCGCUCCUUACCCUCCCAUUUAUAUCCUUGAACUAGGAACCAAUUGAAUCCUUUUCAGGUUCGAAAGCUAGAGAAGGAAACAGAAAUGGGGCUUCUGUCCAACAGGGUCUCUAGAGAAAGCCUGAAACCUGGGGAUCACAUCUACUCUUGGAGGACUGCGUAUAUCUAUGCCCAUCACGGCAUAUAUAUUGGUGAUGGCAAAGUCGUUCACUUCACUAGACGUGGACAAGAAGUAGGAACUGGUACAGUGCUGGAUCUUCUUCUCGUUAGUUCAGGACCGGCCAGACCUCGAGAACCAUGCCAAACUUGUACACAACCUCAACAGGUGCAUGGGGUUAUUUGCUCAUGCCUCAAUUGCUUCUUGGCCGGUGGUGUCUUGUAUCGCUUUGAGUAUGCUGUCAGCCCUUCUGUGUUUCUUGCAAAAGCCCGUGGUGGAACAUGCACGCUUGCAGUCUCUGAUCGAGAUGAAAUUGUGGUGCACCGAGCAAAGUAUCUGCUUGAAAAUGGCUUCGGUUGCUACAAUGUUUUCAAGAACAACUGUGAAGAUUUUGCAAUCUAUUGCAAAACCGGGCUUCUUGUUGUUGAUCAAGGAAGAAUUGGGCAAAGCGGGCAAGCAGUUUCCAUUAUAGGCGGACCUCUAGCUGCUGUCCUGUCCACACCACUUCGUCUGGUAACGACUAACGUUUAUGGAAUGGCGGCAACAGCAGUUGGGGUGUACUGUGCAAGCAGGUAUGCGGCUGACAUUGGGAUGAGGAAGGACGUGGUGAAGGUUCAAGUGGAGGACUUGACGAGGAGGUUGGCUACUGGCAUGUUGCAGGUAGUCUCGCCCCAAAUUCCGGUGGCUCUUGCUUAUGAGCCCCCUCCGAUUGUUAGUCAAUGACUGACAUUGUCCUUCGUUUUUAAUGUUAAACUUCGUAAAGUGAACACGAUUGGUGUAUCUGUGACCAAUAAAAAGAAAACAAAAAGGUUGGCACAUGCAUGGGUAAGCGACUGUCCAAUUGAUUUGCGAGAUAUAACGUGAUUUGUGGAGUGGAGUGGCAUAAAUAAUGUUAUAUGUUUUAUCUAUGUUCUUUUGUCCAA